ACAAUAGCCGGUUCUUACAACCCGUGACGGAUCGGUAACUGCUAGCUGUAGCACAUUCCUACCGGGAGCAAUUUAAUACACUACCCCGGCCAGACAUUUGCAGGGUGCCCUACUGGUGCAAUCCGCCCUAGGAUGCAAGCUCCCCAAGGGAGGGCAGGAUCCUACCCCCCCGUGUGUGACGAGCUCCAGGCCCAGCUGAAGGGAUGGCUAAAUAAUAACGAUCGAUGGACCCGCCCCAUUUCCAGCCUUACAACCCUCCCGUCGCCACCCAGUUCCUCUGUGUGAGCUCCCAGCCCGGCUCCUGGGGAACGUCCCGCGUAAGCGCUGCCGGAAGGGAGGGGGUUCAGCGGCCCGGCUGCCUGCGGCAUCUGCGUUAGCACUUGAGGCCGAGUGGGGAGCUGCCAGCGCGGUAUCUGAAAAAUAUUCUCCAAGAUGAACUUCUUCCUGGAAACACUCAAAGUCCUGGUGCUCUCAAUAUAUUUCCUGUUGGAAUCUCUAGUGUUGUUGUUUGUUCCUGUGCGAAAGAAGAAUGUUGCUGGUGAAAUAGUACUUAUAACAGGAGCCGGAAGUGGAAUUGGAAGACUUCUAGCAUUAAAAUUUGCCCGCCUUGGAGUCACCCUUGUUCUCUGGGACAUUAAUCAAGAAGGUAACAAGGAAACAAGUAAACUAGCUAGAGAAAAUGGAGCCGUGAGAGUGCAUGCAUACUUGUGUGACUGCAGCAAAAGGCAAGAGAUCUACAGAGUGGCAGAUCAGGUUAAAAAAGAAGUUGGUGAUGUUAGUAUCCUAAUCAACAAUGCUGGUAUUGUAACUGGAAAGAAGUUCAUUGAUUGCCCAGAUUCACUUGUGGAGAAAACCAUGGAGGUGAACACCAUGGCACACUUCUGGACUUACAAAGCCUUCCUUCCAGCCAUGAUGGCCUCUAACCAUGGACACUUGGUUAGUAUUGCAAGCUCAGCAGGACUGAUUGGAGUCAAUGGGCUAGCAGAUUAUUGUGCAAGUAAAUUUGCAGCAGUGGGCUUUGCAGAAGCAGUUGGUUUAGAAAUGCUGGCUCUGGGGAAGACUGGCAUUAAAACCACUAUUGUGUGUCCUUACUUCAUCAACACAGGAAUGUUUGAUGGUUGUAAAGCCAAGUGGCCACGUCUACUUCCUAUUCUAGAUUUGGACUAUGCAGCUGAGAAGAUUAUGAGUGCUAUUCAACGGGAGCAAGAGAUUCUGAUGAUGCCACGAAGCCUGUACUUUUUUUGUUAUAUGAAAAGUCUUUUGCCUGUGAAAAUGGGAAUACUCAUUGGAGACUACAUCGGGGCCUUGCAGUUCAUGGACCACUUCAAAGGUCAAGUGAAGAAGGACUGAAAAUAAAGAAUGAAAAUAUCCAAUACUAGCAGGUCUAAAUUAAUGGACCAGUUUAGAGUUUAAAAAAUGGCCUGCUAUUUCAGCUGCACAGAACUUGCCUUCUGUAUAACUGUGCCUCAUACUUUUGUUAGUUAACAGUUUUAAUCAACAGUUUCCAACACGAGCUGUCUCUCCUUCAUUUCCUGAAUAUCUGUUCUCGAUGUGAUGCCUGUACAGAGCUCAUUUAUCUAAAUGAGUUCUGUUCAUAGUCUCUUAUCCUUAUUGAAUGAGUAUGGGACACAAACUAAUCACAAUUGGCACCUAUAUGGGUAUUCUCAAUUAAGAAACAGGGUGUAAUGGGCUGGGAAGCUGAGUUGACUUUGCAUGCCUUCAAGAUAGUCCCCUCCAGAACAAUAUUGUUAGGGUUGUCUGAGAAAGCUUAUCUUUGUCUUUGCCUUCACUGUUAGGUUGAUGAUUGGAAGUAUUUAACUAUCAAUUUCCUGAGCUGUUUGGCAUCUUUUACGAGCACUAAAAUUCACAUUCAGAAAAUUAAGUAAAAUGGCAGUUGUGUACACUGAAAAUAUUUUCCAUAGCUGUGGUGUUGAUUCACUAAUCAAAUACAUCUGAAGGGUAAUAAACAAUUUACUAUUAAUGUCUGUGGAAAAAAUUCCAAUAGCCAGUGAUUAUAAAUGUGUCCCUUCCAGAAAUGGGCUGAUAACAAUUGUACAUGCUUGUCUGAUUACAAUUAACUUUUAAAUAAAUGCCCGUAUUUUUAA